AUCAGGAGUAAGACAAACUCGUCUCAAGUGCUCAAAUAACUGCAAGAUUUGCGCGCCUCACAUUCUAAAUAAAGUUUCUCUGGUGAUGUAGCUAUGUACCAUGACCCAGAAGCUCUUUGUCUUGUCUGGUUCUUGUCAGAAGGUCUGAUGUCUAGACCGUGUGCUCCUUCAUGUGUGGUCCAGUUGAACUCUCCUUGACCAUUCGAUGGACCCCAAACAGACCAGCAGCUACUGUGACCGCACAACUUCACCUUGACUCUUCACCCUUUUACCUUUGAACCCUCACCCCUGACCCAUACUCUUGACCUCUAACCCCUCACUCCAAACCCUUAACCUUACUCCACUCCUCUCCUCUCCUCUCCUCUCCACUAUGUUAUCCCGCAUCUCUACAGUCCUCCUAGCUGUGUUGUGUCGGUGUGUGCUAGUGUCUCUGGGGGUGGACCCCCCUCACCCCCGUCGAGAGAUCCGGAUCGAGGGAGACCUGGUCUUGGGGGGGCUGUUCCCAGUCCAUGAAAAGGGGGGAGGGAUAGAGGAGUGUGGGAGGGUGAAUGAGGACAGAGGGAUCCAGAGGUUGGAGGCCAUGCUGUUUGCUAUUGACAGGAUCAACUCUGAUCCUACUCUACUGCCUGGAGUCAGUCUGGGAGUUCACAUACUGGACACCUGUUCUAGAGAUACAUACGCACUGGAACAGGCGCUGGAGUUUGUGCGUGCAUCUCUGACCAAGGUGGACGAUACAGAGUUUAUCUGUCCUGAUGGAUCCUACGCUCUACAGGAAGACAUUCCCCUGGCCAUUGCUGGAGUUAUAGGAGGAUCCUAUAGCAGUGUGUCUAUACAGGUGGCCAACCUGCUGCGCCUCUUUCAGAUCCCUCAGAUCAGCUAUGCCUCCACUAGCGCCAAGCUCAGCGACAAGACACGCUAUGACUACUUUGCCCGCACGGUGCCCCCUGACUUCUACCAGGCCAAAGCCAUGGCAGAGAUCCUGCGGCUGUUCAACUGGACCUACGUGUCUACGGUGGCAUCAGAGGGAGACUACGGAGAGACGGGCAUUGAGGCCUUUGAACAGGAAGCCCGUAUGAGGAACAUCUGCAUCGCUACCUCUGAGAAGGUGGGCCGCUCUAACGCUAAGAAGUCCUAUGAGGCAGUGAUCAGGCAGCUCCUCCAGAAGCCCAACGCCCGCGUGGCUGUCCUCUUCCUGCGCAGCGAUGACGCUCGGGAACUCCUCUCUGCCGCCGCACGACUCAACACCACCUUCAUCUGGGUGGCCAGUGACGGCUGGGGGGCACAGGAGAGCAUUGUCAAGGGCAAUGAGGCCACAGCCAACGGGGCCAUCACCCUGGAGCUGGCGGCCAAUCCCGUGCCGGCAUUCAACCGCUACUUCCUGUCUCUGGAUCCAAUCAACAACCACCGCAACCCCUGGUACCGAGAAUUCUGGGAGCAGAAGUUCCAGUGCUCGCUUGGAGGAGGGGGUGGAGGAGUAGGAGCUGGGGCAGGAGCAGUAGGGUCAGGGGGAACUGUGUCUCUCUCUCUCCCUCCCUGUGAGAAGGGUGUGUUGGUGGAUGAUAGUAACUUUGAGCCAGAGUCUAAGAUCAUGUUUGUGGUGAAUGCGGUAUACGCUGUGGCCCACGCCCUCGAUAAGAUGCAGAGAACACUGUGUUCCAACACCAGCAAGCUCUGUGACAGCAUGAAGGCUCUGGAUGGACGCAAGCUCUACAGAGACUACCUCCUCAACAUCAGCUUCACAGCUCCCUUCUCUCCUCCCGGUAUUGAGACCGUGGUGAAGUUUGAUGCCUAUGGCGACGGAAUGGGACGCUACAACAUCUUCAGUUACCAGCACAACGCUGAUCGCUACGGAUACGUGCCCAUCGGUGAGUGGGCGGAGACUCUGAGCCUGAGCAGUGACCUGAUUCGCUGGCCAAGGGAGAUGGUGCCCCCCUCCCAGUGCAGCGACCCGUGUGCCCGCAACGAGAUGAAAAAGAUGCAGGCUGGAGAGUACUGUUGUUGGAUCUGUACGGCGUGUGAGGCUCAUGAAUACCUAGCUGAUGAGUUCACCUGUUCGCCCUGCGCCCCUGGCCAGUGGCCCAGUGAAGAUCUCACUUCCUGUUACGACCUGCCUGAGGACUACAUCAUGUGGGAGGACGCCUGGGCUAUCGGACCAAUCAGCAUCGCUGUUGUUGGGUUCCUGUGUACAUCUCUGGUGUUCUGGGUGUUUGUGAGACACAACAGCACGCCCCUGGUGAAGGCGUCAGGCAGAGAGUUGUGUUACAUUCUCCUGCUGGGUGUCUUCAUGUCCUACUCCCUCACCUUCCUCUUCCUGGCCAAGCCCUCGCCUGCUAUCUGCGCCAUGCGACGCCUCGGCCUCAGCACCUCAUUUGCUGUCUGCUACUCUGCCCUGCUCACCAAGACCAAUCGGAUCGCCCGGAUCUUCAGUGGGGUGAAGGAUGGGGGCGGGACCACGAAGCCGCGCUUCAUAAGCCCCACGUCCCAGGUGUUUAUCUGUCUCAGCCUGAUAUCGGUCCAGUUAGUGAUGGUGUCUGUGUGGUUGCUGCUGGAGGUUCCUGGUACCAGGAGGUUUACGUUACCGGAGCGACGGCAGACAGUGAUCCUGAAGUGUAACGUCCGUGACUCCAGCAUGCUGCUGUCGCUAGGAUACGACGUGCUCCUGGUCAUCCUGUGUACUGUGUACGCCUUCAAGACCAGGAAGUGUCCAGAGAACUUCAACGAGGCUAAGUUCAUAGGUUUCACCAUGUACACAACCUGUAUCAUCUGGCUGGCCUUCCUGCCCAUAUUCUACGUCACAUCCAGUGACUACAGGGUCCAGACCACCACCAUGUGUAUCUCUGUCAGUCUCAGUGGCUUUGUGGUGCUGGGCUGUAUGUUCGCUCCCAAGGUCCACAUCAUCAUGUUCCAACCACAGAAGAACGUCACCAGUCUCCGCCUCAAUAUCAACCGCUUCAGUGUCAGUGGUCCUGCCACCACAUACGCUUCACACGCAUCAGUGAGUGCCCAGUACGUACCGACAGUGUGUAAUGGGAGAGAGAUCGUCGACUCCACCACUUCCUCUCUGUGACCACACACACUCACCUCUCUAACCCUGCCCCCCAGAGACUGUUAGCCAAUAGGCACACAUUGUGCCCCCCUGCCCUCUCCUCCCACGACGUGGACUAGCACAGUUCUGUUUCACGGCUGUAGAAAGGGUUUAAUACUACUUGUUUUCUAGUGCUGUACAUAUAAUGGAAUCAAAAUUGUUGUAGAGGAACAAAAGAACCAAAACAACUUUGUAGGAGGAUUUUUUGAGCCUUUGUUUUGAAAAGCUUUGUUAAGACGUGUGUACAUAUGUAACUGUGCACUGGGUUGUGAUAGGAGUGUGUAUGUGUGCUAAGAUUGUGUUAGGAGUGUAUGUAUGUGUGUGUUAGGGUUGUGAUAAGAGUG